AUGAUGCGUUCAAGGGGCUGGAUUCGACUUCGCCAGAGUAAUGCUGGUACCGUCAUGGACAUGUACAUGAAUCAGGUGCCGGUGUGUUUGAACACAGUCCAAUCGUGUGACCCAAGAGUUGCGCAGUUUGUGGAGACGGUGAUAGACUUCGGACAAGACAACGAACAGCAUGUUAUUGGCGGUAUUGCGUCGCUCUCCCUUGACGAUGAUCGUAACUCCUUGGAACGCUCCAAGCUGACGGAGCUGACGGAGCGCUUGAGUUUACAACAACUCAAGGUCUGGAUGCACUUGCGUGCGCAGAAUGCGGAAGUUCAACCCCACGCGGCCAGCAUACCAAGCCGCGCUCAGAUGACUGAGCUGAUAACGACCGACGAGGUCUUGUUCGACGAUAUCGUGGGCCUCCUGGAUUUCAACGGCUCCCUCACACCGAGACUCUCGACUGGAGAUGCCGACGCCCUCACCGCGGCACUUUUCAGUGGGGAUACGGGCUCGCCAAGCCCAUCCACUGGCAGCGAGGACUACGGCAAGCCCGACAAACACAGCCGCAAACGCGAGAGAGAGAAGACGCGACAACGACGGUAUCGACAGCGUCUUCGAGACAGUCGAGACGAGCUACAGCAACACGUUGAUGAGCUGUCCAAGGAGCUUGCACGACUGAAUAAACAAGCUGCCAUGCGUAAGGAGCUGCAAAUGUCCGCCGACGUGCUAACGCAUUCCGAAUGGGUCUCGGAAACGGUUCGACAACGUGAUCAACGACGGAUGUCCGAGGCCGAACAGAGACGCCUGAUCGCCGCUGUGAACUACCAAGCGUCAUAUCUCAAAGGCCUUCGACAGGUUGCUGGCAAUCGACUGAAUGGGAACGCUGUUCCCUUCGGUGAUGGCAAUAGUUUUAACUGCUAUAACAAUGUCCCAACACUACACUCGAUGACGAGCGCACUGUACACGACGUACUUGCAGCAGCUUGAAGGCUCGUACGCUCGUGUGGACGGUGUCAUGGCCGCUUGUGGCUUACCGUCGAUGCCCGAGACGACCGUCAACUCGACCCACAGACGGAAAGGAGACGGCGACGUGGCGUAUUUCCAGCACGUGAAUAAAGUGGUGCUGCCCUAUAGUUUCGACAAGAUUUGUCAGGCAAUCUGGACGGCGAUACACGAGCAAGACGAGCCUGCGUUUGGCGCCUAUGAGUCGGCACCUGACGACGACGUGUUUAUCAAGUCACGUGUCCUUACAUCGCUCAACGUUGGUACACUGGUACAGCGCUUCAUCUCGCGCUUCUACACGGAGUCGAAUCGGCUGCUUUUCGUCUGGAAAAUGUCCUCAGAGGGCGAAGGAGACUUCAAUGGACUACACGCAGAGGAGACGGCGUGGAUGAGUGUGAGACCAACAGACACUGGAGUGGUACUGGAAGUGUGUGUGCAACAAGUGCCCAUGCGCUUCAACGUGUCUUCCAACCGCGAGCCAGCUGUGGCGCUGUUCCAUAACAUGCUCCACGAGUCGCUUGAAGCCGACAGGAACAAGAUGUCGAAGAGAUUGGAGAGCUUGCUGCUUGACGACGUCUUGACCGGACUCGAGUGUUAG